UAUAACUGCUCGAUUCAUUCACCUGCACUCUUCCCAUACACAACGCAACAGAGAGAGAGAGAGAGAGAGAGAAAUGGGGAGGAAAUAUAACGAUAUUGCUUUGGACAUUUCCUCUCUUUCUUCAACUCCUUUUUCGUGGCCGCCCGGUUCAUCGCCAUCAUUCAGGACUCGAGAGGAAGCGAGAAACACAGCAACACAGCAGCAGCUUACGAUAUUCUACAACGGGAGGGUGAGUGUUUGCCAUGUGACCGAAGGGCAGGCGAGUGCUAUUCUAGGUCUCGCUGCUGAAGAGGAAGAAGAUGUGGACACCACUCUUAGGAUCUCUCCUGUUGAAUCGUCCUCAGAUCAGAGCAGCAGCAGCAGCAUCAUUAGCAUUCCUCCUCUUCUUCAGCCUCACAUCGGAUUCUCAGCGGUAGCGAAAAUGGCAACCGGCCAAUCUAUGAAACGCUCUUUGCAACGCUUCCUCCAAAAAAGAAAGAAGCUCCACACAAAUUCGCCUUACUACCGCUAGCCGCCUCACCAUUUGUUCAUUGUUAUGCAUGUAAAUUCACCUCCUCGAGAGCGCCAUGUUUACAGCGAGUGAGUGCCUCUCAGAAGAUCGACGAAAGGAAGAUACUCAUGUAAAAUUGCGCCACCCACCCAGGAGAACGGAUGCGCUUUCCCCUUGUACUAUACCAAACCUGUCAUUUGGUUGCUUUGCAUUUGGGGCCGCCGCGAUCGGUUGAAUUUUCCGGAAACCACAAUGUAAUUUGAUGUUGUGAUCAAUUGAAAUUUAUAUAUAUAUAUAUGCAUAAUAGAUCAUGUAAAAUUAACAAUGAGAAGAUGCUGUUUGAUGUUCAAAUUCGAUACUCGUGAA